GACAGUUAGCCACACGGUCCCCACGCGAAGGACACGAGAGCUGAACACUGCCAGCCCACUCACUCGCUCCCUGCGCUCAUCGCGUUAGAAGACCUGUCAGCGAGAUGGAAACUGCGACCAUCACCACCACGCAGACGGCUUUCACCUUUGGACGGGCCACCAUCAGCCUGCACGCCCCGGCCCAGGACCAAUCGGCACCCGCGGCGCACCCCAGCGCCAACGCGGCCGGCGCCUUCCAGAGCAAAACCAAGGUGCUGAAGAGACAGCGCUCCAGCUCCCCGGAGCUGCUGCGGUGCAAGCGGCGCCUGAGCUUCAACGGGCUCGGCUACUCCAUCCCGCAGCAGCAGCCCGUGGCCGUGGCCCGGCGCAACGAGAGGGAGCGGAACCGGGUCAAGCAGGUCAACAUGGGCUUCCAGACGCUGCGUCAGCACGUGCCGAACGGCGCCGCCAACAAGAAGAUGAGCAAAGUGGAGACGCUGAGGUCCGCCGUGGAGUACAUCAGGGCUCUGCAGCAGCUCCUCGACGAGCACGACGCGGUGUCGGCCGCGUUCCAGUGCGGGCUGCCGUCCCCGACGCUCUCCAACAGCUACUCGGCCGACCCGGAGUCCCCUCACUCCACCUACUCAUCGGACGAAGGCGGCUACGAGCCUCUGAGCUCAGAGGAGCAGGAACUGUUGGACUUCACAACCUGGUUUGACAGAUACUGAUGCUGCUGUCGGCGCGCAAUCAAACACUUCGGCGUGAAUCGGACUUCUUCCAAGAAGUGCUGACACAGCUGUCUCUAGCCUGCGCGCUGCGCACGCGGGCGGUCUGUCUCCCUUGGAGCUUCUGAGGGAGCAGAGCAGUAGCGAGAACGCGAGAGAGGGGGAGCAUCCUGUCGCAGACAAACAGCGCCCCCCCUGAUGGAAAGCGAGGAGCUGGACUCACACUGACGCGUGGAAAUGUUGACGCUCUGUUUGAUUAAGUGCAAUUAAGCUGCGACGCGGCGGGAUCCCGGAGAGCCGGUGCGGAAAUUCCAGCAGGAAACACGGACUGCCUUCCUAACUCGCUGCACUUUCUCCCCAUCUGGGGAAGAUGACGCGUCAACAGACUUUUGUUCAGUUAUGACGUAGUAGCUUACAUUUGGUAACACUGUAUCGUAGGACGGAUUUUUUUUUUUUUAACACGGAGACGUUAUUUUUGUACAAUGAGCCAAACAGAAAUGUUAUUACUGCCUUGUUGUCAGGUACGGCAUGUGUGACAGCGUACGGCUACCUGUGACAGAUUGUAGUGUUUUUCCUUCUUCUUUUUUUUUGAUAGAGACAUUUAUCGAUGUAUGCACUUGUUCCUCGUAGCCGAAAAAUGUAAAUAUUCGAUUUUAACAGAUAUAUUUUGUGUAAAACAAGUUUUUUUAUAUGAAUAAAGUUAAACCUAUUUAUAUUA